AUGUCAUGUGAUAAAUUAAUUCUGAGGAUGUUUGAUUUUGACAAACAAAUGAGUGAUGUAGAAAGUUCUGUCCACAUUCUUGGAAGAGCGCAGUCAAUCACUGGUGCCGACAUUGGUGCAAUAGAACUGGAAGAUGGAGAACCGAUAACAGGCCGGUACAGUGGGGGUGAUGACUAUAUUGUGGAUACAACUCAGAAUAUAGUAGAUGGAUCCGAAUCUGGAUCAACCUGGAUCCAGCCAGAUAUGCUGGAGGGGGUCCAAGAACAGGAAAGUGAAAGAACAGUGGAAGAAAGAGAUGAUGAUGUUCACUCUGCAUCAGCACCACUAUCUUUACCCGAAGAUGAAGAUCAGUGGAAGGGAAAUCAGGUAGACGAAGAAAGACCUAAGUCUACAUUGUCACUUGGUGAUUCAGAAAAAAUACACACCACACCAGUUACUAGUGAGAAAGAAAUGGCUGAAGCACCCUCUCAAGUUGAAAGUGAGAAAAUAAAAUCUGCUGUGGGAAGCCAAGGUGGGAGUCGUCGUGAAAGUAAGGGGAUGUGGUCAGUAGCGAGCAGUCGUCCAGGUAGUGUGCAAAGUGGUAGUAGACCUGGUAGCGAGAAAGCUGCGAGUCGACCUGGUAGCGUUCAUGCUGAAAGUCAACAUGGUAGUGUAAAGACUGAUAGUCGACCGAGUAGCGUGAAGUCUGAGAUACGACCAAGUAGCGUAAAGUCUGAGAGCCGACGAAGUAGUGUGAGAGCAACCAGUGUGAGUGAAAGUGGGAGAGAAAUGAGUCGUCAAAGCAGCGUUAAAAAAUUAAGUGAACUGAGCAGUGAACGGCCAGAUAAUGGAAGCCAACCGGUCAGUGUAGCGGGUGAGGCAGACGUAGAAGGGCUGGAAAAAAUAGAAAUUAUUAUGCAACCUCGAGAAGCAUCACAUAUAACUGAAGGUAAACAGUUGUAA